AUGAGGCCCGCUUUGAUCGUGGUUGACAUGCAAGAGGACUUUUGUCCUCCGAACGGCUCUCUCGCAGUCCACGAGGCACGAUCCAUAGCCCCUACCAUCAACACCCUCCUCGCCAAUCCUGCCUUCGCUCUACGCAUCGCAACCCUCGACUACCACCCACCGAACCACAUCUCCUUUGCGCCCAACCACCCCGCCCCGAACAACCGCCCCUUCGAGAGCUACGUUAUCAUGACCAACCCAGCGCCGGACAAGCAAGACGAGACCAAGCCACAACGCCUGUGGCCGGUGCACUGCGUACAAGGCACGAAAGGUGCCGAGAUGAUCCCGGAGAUCGACGCCAGCCGCUUCGACCUGUACGUGAAGAAGGGGCUGCACCCGCAGGUGGAGAUGUAUUCGGCCUUUGCGGACGCGUUCGGGAACUUCAAGACGGCUGAGGGCGACGACGGCGGCGAGUCGGUCGAUAUCGAUCUGCGCACGUUCCUGAACGACAAGAAUAUUACCGAUGUGUUUGUGACGGGGGUCGCGGGCGACUAUUGCGUCAAAUUCACGACGAUGGAUGCCGUCCGCGCCGGGUUCAAGAGCUACUUUGUUGAGGAUGCGACACGAUGUACGGUGCCUGGAAAGGACUGUCUGGAGGCGACGAGGGAGGAGCUGCGCGCGGCGGGGGUGAGCAUUGUUCGGUCUGAUGGGCCGGAGAUUGCGGCGCUGUCGGGUUGA